CAAACAAAGCCAUAGUACUUGCUUGUUACACAAUUCACUUAUUACUGCGACCGCAGUGAUGGAUAGCCUCUUGUCCUCCAACCGCCCUUCUGCCCGCUUAAGCUGAUACUAGACAUUUUAGCCCUCUAAGUUUCACUGUAACAAGAAGGUGCUAUUGCCAUUGCUAGUUGCUAUUGGGGAGAUUAAGACGUAAGGAUAGCGUAAUCAAGCAGCAGCAGCACCCCCACCAUCUGCCUUGGUGCCUCGCGCCUCAGUUUACCCAACCACCCGCCUAGCCUAGGAGGGCGAGGAGCCACAGCAGGAGCAGCAACCCGCAGCAGCACUCGCCGCUGCAGCAGCGGCGAAUCACACGCAGGUCGGCAGAUCGGCCGCAGGAGCUGACGAGUCGCGGCUACCUGUGUUGGGAGUGAGGCUGUUGCAGCCUAGUCAACGAACAGUCUAGCAGCUAGCAGUUAGCGGUUACCGGUACCCAGCCAGCCACCAUGGUGAAGCAGCGCAUGAGCAGUGCGGAUGUGGCGGCGGAGGUGGCGGCGCUGCGGACCCGCAUUCUGGGGCUUCGAGUGGCCAACAUAUACGACCUGAACGCCAAGACCUACGUGCUCAAGCUGGCCCGCAGCGGCGAGGAGGGCGAGAAGGUUCACCUGCUGAUGGAGAGCGGAGCCAGGCUGCACACCACCAGGGUCCUCCGCGAGAAGGCCUCCGACCUGCCCUCUAACUUCACUCUCAAGCUGCGGAAGCACUGCCGUACUCGCCGAGUGGAGGCGGUACGGCAGCUGGGGGUGGACCGCUGCGUGGAACUGACCCUUGGGUCGGGGCAGGCGGCGGUGCACCUCAUCCUGGAGAUGUACGCGCAGGGUAACAUCGUGCUCACCGACUCGCGCUACGAGGUGCUCACCCUGCUCCGCUCCCACCGCGACGACGCCCGGGGGCUGGUGGUCAUGGCACGACACCCCUACCCCAUGGCGGCGGUACGACUGGCGGCGAGGGUGACGCAGGGGCAGCUGCAACAGGCGGCGGCGGCAGCGGGGGGAGGAGGCAUGAGCUAUAAAGCCCUGCUAUCUGCCGUACUGCCGUACGGCCCCACCAUCGCGGAACACGUGGCCAUGGACGCGGGCUUCGAUACGGACGCUGCCGUACCGCUACUGCCGCCGACGGAGGGGGGUAGCAGCGCCGCCGACGCCGCCGCCACUGCCGGCAUUACCGACGGUAUUGGCGGUCUGGGUCUGAGUGGAGGUGGGGAGGAGCCGGAGGAAGGCGAGGAGCAGCUGCAAUCACAACCGCAACCCCCAGCGUCAGCUUCAAGUGCCGGCAGCGGCGGUGGCGGGGUGCUCCCCGAGGCCGUGCAGCGGGCCCUGUCGGCGGCCUUGGGUCGCCUCGACGACUGGUUCGCGGGUCUGGAGGCGGGGCAGGUGCCUCAGGGUUACAUCACGCUCACCCCGCCGGGGAGCAGCGCCAAGGCCGGGGGACGCAAGAACAAGAAGAAACAACAAGCAGGAGGAGGACAGCAAGGAGGACAAGGACAAGAGCCGCAACCCCAGCAACCCCAGCAGCAGCAGCAGCAGCCGCAGCCGAUUGACCCCGCAGCUGCCGCGGCGGCGGUGGCGGCAGGCGAGCUGGUGUUUUCCGAAUUCGCGCCGCUGCCGUUGUUGCCGUUCGCGGGGCAGGCGUGUCUGGUGCUGCCUAGCUUUGACGACGCGUUGGAUGAGUUUUACAGCAAGGUGGAGGGGCAGCGGGCGGAGAUUGCGCGGGCAGAUGCGGAGCGGGCGGCCAUGAGCCGACUGGACAGAAUGAAAGCCGACCAGGGCUCCCGUGCCGAGACGCUGCUGCGAUCUGCGGAGGAGUGCGAGCUGAAGGCGCAGCUCAUCACCUACAACCUGGGCGCGGUGGAGGCGGCGCUGGCGGCGCUAAACCACUCGCUGGCCACGGGCAUGGACUGGGGCGAGCUGGACCGCGUCAUCCGUGAGGAGCGCCGCGCCGGCAACCCCGUGGCGGCCCUCAUCGCCUCCCUGCAGUUGGAGUCGAACAGCGCGACCCUGCUGCUUGCCAACAGCCUGGACGAGACGGGGGAGGAGGGGGACGAGGAGGCGGGGGCCAGGAAGGCAGUCAAGGUAUCCGUGGACCUCUCCCUGUCCGCCCAUGCCAACGCCACCGCCUACUUCGAGCAGCGCCGCCGCCACCUGGCCAAGCACGCCAAGACGCUGGCAGCAAACCAGGCGGCGCUGGCGGCGGCGGAGAAGAAGGCGGAGGCGGCGGUGAAGCAGGUCCGCUCCGCCCCCGCCGCGCUUCAGCCCGUGCGCAAACCCAUGUGGUUCGAGCGCUUCCACUGGUUCGUGAGCAGCGAGAACUACCUUGUGGUGUCGGGGCGGGACGCGCAGCAGAACGAGCUGCUGGUGAAACGACACCUGCGGCGGGGGGAUGUGUAUGUGCACGCGGAGCUGCAUGGCGCCUCCUCCACCAUCAUCAAGAACCCGCAGCCCGACCAGCCCAUCCCGCCGCUCACCCUGCAGCAGGCGGGGGCGGCCUGCGUGUGCCGCUCGCGCGCCUGGGACAGCAAGAUCGUGACGUCGGCUUGGUGGGUUCACCAACACCAGGUUUCCAAGACCGCCCCCACCGGCGAGUUCCUGACCACCGGCUCCUUCAUGAUCCGCGGCAAGAAGAACUUCCUGCCGCCGCAGCCGCUGGUGAUGGGAUUCGGCUUCCUGUUCAAGCUGGACGACAGCAGCAUCCCCGCCCACUUGGGCGAGCGGGCGGUGCGGGGGGCGGACCCGGAUGCGGC